AUGAAUCAGCUAAGAUAUGUGGAGCAGCGUGCUAAGCACGAAGCACAUAGUAAAAUGGUAGCAGCGGGGCAAGUGAGUUACUUAGUAUCCUUUCCUUCCUACAUUGCCGCAUCGUUAACACCUGGAUUUCAAGUGAAUGGUCCUCCUCAGGCGACCCCACAAGUGCAAAUAGCUGUUCCGCCUGCUCAUGAGCCGACUGCAAAGACGAAUGAGACUUCGGCAGAAGCUGCUGCUCUAGCUUCCACACCUGGACGACCUCAGCUGUACAGCAGCAGUGUUCAACAACCAAGGAGGAAAGGAGGAUAUCCUCCUCAACCUGACCCUUCUCAAUCCUACGCCCAACAGACACAGGCUCAAGGCGCUUAUAUUUCCCCCAACAAGAGGCUAUCCACCGCAGAAAGGCGGUGCGCCCGAUUACUAGACAACCACGGCCGGCCGCAAAUGCCCCACCACAGUCAGGAGGUUGUCCUCCUCAGCAGCGGCCAACAGGGGCAGCCUCCUAAUGCAUAUGCAGUACAGCAGCAAAGGUCGGGUGCUCACCCAGGUUAUCCUUCUCAUGGGCAUCCUGAUUAUCCUCCGCAGCAGUACGCACAACCACAACCAUUUAUCCGCCACAACCGCAACCGGCAUAGCCACCGCAGCUUGAUAUGGCUGAUGCACACUCCGCCUGUACGUCAAGUUACAAUUUUUCAUCCCGAAAGGAUUGAUGAGUUGGAAGACAUGCUUACUGAAAAUAGGAUCUGGAAAGCAAGAACAGUUGAUAUAGGACUUUUUUCUGCCGCGGAUGUAUUGAACUGGGGUUUUGGUGCCGUUAUGCUCGAAGAUCGGGAAUCAAGCAAGAUAUUCGCAAAACCCAACUUUACGAAGUCUACGAUCAAAUGGAAUUUGAUGUAA